GCCAGAUUACGGGCAAGUGUUUAAGAAGCUUAUGGAGCAAUAUGAGGCAAAGUAAUAUAGGAUCUGCAGGAAGUCCCUCAAGAAAAUUGGAAAAGAAGAUUUUAUAGACUCUUCAUCAAGAUCUUCAUUUAUACAUCUGUUACAUCCAAGGCUGCUGUGGUGAAAUCAUGAGUAAAAAUACAUCUGCUGUAGUAUCAUCCAGUCUACUUGAAAAGGAUCCUGCCUUUCAAAUGAUUACAGUUACCAGGGAAACAGGCCUUGGCUUGAAGAUCCUAGGAGGAAUUAACCGAAAUGAAGGUCCUUUGGUAUAUAUUCAGGAAAUUAUUCCCGGAGGAGACUGUUAUAAGGAUGGUCGUUUGAAGCCAGGAGAUCAACUUGUCUCAGUAAACAAGGAAUCUAUGAUUGGUGUAUCAUUUGAAGAAGCAAAAAGCAUAAUUACCAGAGUCAAGUUGAGGUCAGAAUCUGCUUGGGAGAUAGCAUUCAUAAGACAAAAAUCUGAUGGCAGUCAUCUGGAAAAUUCAUUGUGUACAUCCAUUUUAGCAACUUCAGGAGAAUAUGGACCUCAAGCUUCAACAUUUAGUCUUCUUUCUUCUCCCCCUGAGAUAAAAACUGGAUACAAGAAAACAGAACAGACUCCAAUUACUGCUUCAGACAACAGCCCUGCAGAUAUAUCUAAUGCAGAUAUUGCUCCUACCUGGACUGAUAAUUAUGGACCACAAGGAAAGAAGAUUUCCUUAAAUCCCUCUGUUCGUCUUAAGGCAGAGAAACUGGAAAUGGCUCUAAAUUAUCUUGGUAUUCAUCCCACAAAAGAACAACACCAAGCUCUGAGACAGCAAGUAAAUCCAGACUCACAAGGGACAGUGUCAUUUGGAGAUUUUGUCCAGGUUGCCAGAAACUUGUUUUGCUUGCAGUUGGAUGAAGUAAAUGUUGGUACACAUGAAAUUUCUAAUAUAUUAGAUUCACAGCUUCUUCCCUGUGAUUCUUUAGAAGCAAAUGAAAUGGAAAGGCUUAAGCAUGAAAGAAAUGAUGCCUUGGAGGAAGUGAAUAUGCUUAAGGAGAAAUUACUUGAAUCAGAGAGGCAAAGGAAACAAUUGACAGAAGAACUCCAGAAUGUGAAACAAGAAGCCAAAGCUGUAGCUGAAGAAACAAGAGCCCUGCGAAGUCGGAUACAUCUUGCAGAAGCCGCACAGAGGCAGGCGCACAAGAUGGAAAUGGACUACGAAGAAGUGAUCCGUCUGCUAGAGGCCAAGAUUGCAGAGCUAAAGGCUCAGCUUGCUGAUUAUUCUGACCAAAAUAAAGAAAGUAUUCAGGAUUUAAGAAAGAGAAUCACAGUACUUGACUGCCAAUUGCGAAAAUCAGAAAUGGCUCGAAAAACUUUUGAGGCAUCCACUGAAAAGCUUCUUCAUUUUGUAGAGGCUAUUCAAGAAGUAUUUUCUGAUAAUUCUGCUUCUUUGUCAAAUUUAAG